AUGUCAUUCGGACGCCCGCCCUCGAUCUCGGGUGGAUUCCAGGUGAACCCGCCCGACCGCGGCUCGUUCCCGCUAGACCACGACGGGGAAUGCAAAGAGGCGAUGAUGCGCUACCUCGACUGCCUGCGGAAGCACGCGAGCGCGUCGACGGAGUGCCGGCACCUGAACCGCGACUACCUGGGCUGUCGGAUGAAGAAAGGCCUGAUGGAGCCGGACGAGUGGAAGAACCUCGGCUUGUCGAAUCUCAAGGGCGACGACCCUCCU